AUGAGUAUGUCAAGGCUGCCCAACGGGCUCAUCUCAUUCGGCCCCGACGCCAACUGCACACUCGACACAUGUCCCCUCGAAGCGAGCAUUCUACGAUAUCAACCCAGCAUCCCCGCCAACGCAGUCUUCGCAGGCGUUUUCGGCUUAUCAUUAAUUACCCAUGCCUUCCAGGGCAUUCGGAUGCGGACAUGGGGGUUCAUGGCGAGCAUGAUCGCGGGGUGUAUACUCGAGAUUAUCGGAUACGUUGGACGUUUUAUUAUCCAUGAUAAUCCUUUUGACUUUAAUGGCUUUUUGAUGCAGAUUAUUUGUAUUACCGUUGCGCCAGUCUUCUUCUCUGCGGCCAUUUAUGUCUUGUUAUCCCAGGUUAUCAACCACGUCGACUCAAGCAUCUCUCGCUUCCCACCUCAGUACUUCUACUGGAUCUUCAUCCCCUCCGAUAUAAUCUCCCUCAUCCUCCAAGCUGUCGGCGGCGCCCUCUCCUGCGUCGCCUCAACCCAUAAAGAUGUCAAGACCGGCGAAGACAUCUCGCUAGCCGGCCUGAUCUUCCAAGUCGUCACCCUAAUCUGCUUCUGCGCCUUGUUCAUCGACUACGUUAUCAAGGCCUCGAAGUCGUCCUCGCGAAACCGUCUCGAUAAGCCGAUCGUGACGUUCCUUACCUUCCUGUUUGCUUCAACGAUAUUUAUUCUUAUUCGAUGCGGUUAUCGUAUUGCUGAGCUUGGACAAGGGUACUUUAGUGCUCUGUUCCGAGAUGAGGAUCUUUAUAUCGCUCUUGAAUCUUGUAUGAUGUGCAUUGCUGUUCUUCUUCUUAACGCCGGCCACCCCGGCUACGCUUUCCGCAAGAGACGGGAGUUCAGCGAGAAGAAUCAAGACCAAGACUUGCCUUAA